AUGCUGCAGCUCCUGGACAUCCCUGCGGUGCCCUGGGCAGCCUGGGGGGCGCCGCUGCCCUCUCCGAGGAGUCUGCCCCCGGACAACCGGACUUUGUUUCCUUUUUUCUCAGAAUUCAAGGGAGAUCGCUGGCUGACCCUGAGUGCCCUGGAGUCAGCGGCGCUAGCCCUGAUCUUUGUGGUGUCCCUGCUGGGCAAUGUAUGCGCCAUCCAGCUACUGGCGCGCCAGCGGCGUCGGGGCACGGCCACCUGCCUGGUGCUCAACCUCUUCUGCGCUGACCUGCUCUUCAUCACAGCCAUCCCGCCGGUGCUGGCAGUGCGCUGGACCGAGGCGUGGCUGCUGGGCGACCUCGCCUGCCACCUGCUAGUCUACGUGAUGAGCCUCAGUGGCAGCGUCACCAUACUCUCGCUGGCUGCUGUCAGCCUGGAACGCUUGGUGUGCAUCGUGCGCAUGCAGCCCAGCGCACAGGGGCUGGGUCCCGCGUCCCGCGGCACUCUGCUGGCGCUCAUCUGGACUUACGCCGCGUUGUCCUCGCUACCGCUGGGUGUCUUCUUCUCCGUGCGCCGCCAGCUAGUAGACGGCCACGACAAGGAAGUUCAGAUUUGUACACUGGUCUGGCCCAGCCUCGAAGGAGAGAUCUCUUGGGAUGUCUUGUUUGCGAUUUUGAACUUUUUGGUACCAGGAUUGGUUAUCGUGAUCAGUUACUCCAAAAUCUUACAGAUUACAAAAGCUUCCAGAAAAAGGUUAAAUGCCAACCUGGCCUAUUCAGAAGACCACCACCUCCGAGUGUCCCAUCAGGAUUACAAGCUCUUCCGGACUCUUUUGGUGCUCAUGAUCUCAUUUUUCAUCAUGUGGAGCCCCAUCAUCAUCACCAUCUUUCUGAUUUUAAUCCAGAAUUUCCAGCAGGACCUGGUGAUCUGGCCAUCUCUUUUCUUCUGGAUUGUGGUGUUUACCUUUGCCAACUCUGCUGUCAACCCUAUUUUGUACAGCGCCUCCCACUUCCAGAAGGAGUGGUGGCGAGUCCUCUUCUCCUGCUCAGCGCUUCCUGAGAAGAACGGAGGGGCCACAGAAACGUCAGUGAGAAGAAAUGACUUGUCUGUGGUCACUGCCUGAAGAGGUCGCCCACAUGGAUUUAAUGAAUGGGGCGGUUAUGGACUCUUUUCUCCUGCGAGCAUUUUGCUUGACUGUAGUGUUUGAGUGGGUUGAGGAUAGGUUUGACAUGGCUUUUCUCAUGGUGGUGAA